AUGCCCUCGACAGAGGCCUAUGUCCCCUGUUUGCAUGACCCUCAAGUACCAGCAUCGAUGUAUUUCCUUGGUGUUGCACCCUGGCUUUGGCGGGACGAUGAUCGAGGCUAUGGAGUCUUCGUGGUAGCUGAGGAUACCCUUCUCUGGGUUGUAAUCAAUCUGUGUCUUUUCCUUCUCACCUGCACCAUGUUCUUGAUGACAACAAUGACCGACCCUGGGAUAAUCCCCAGAAGGGAGAUACAGAUAGCCUCGGCGUCUUCUGUCGCCACGCGCGAACAGCUGGGCCUCGUUCCGCACCCGUAUGAGGAUUCUUUGUACUUGCGUACUGAUACUGGCUUGUUGGACUUCCAACACGAAGUCCAACCAGAUGAGCUCACAGAUGAGCAGAUGAACGAAGGUUAUAAGUGGUGUCGAACGUGUCGAGUGGUGCGCCCACCGAGAGCCUCCCAUUGCGCGGAUUGUGACAACUGUGUCAUGCAGUUCGAUCAUCAUUGCCCUUUUGUUGGUAACUGCAUUGGCCGACGAAACUACUUAUACUUCAACAUGUUUAUAUAUGCGGCACUGUGUCUUGGUGCUUCUGUCAUUGUAGGAUUAGUAUUAUGGACCUCAGGCCAGCGAAGUGAGACGUCACUUUCGGACAACACUAUAACUUUGCUCGUAACAAUAGUGUCGAUCCCAACAGCUAUAGUUAUGCUACUUGGAGUCAUUCUCGGCUGUUAUCAUGCAUGGCUAGCAUACGCAGGGUACACCACUAAGGAGUACCUGACUGGACGCCGCUCGCAUGACACUGGUCGGCAUCUUAGCACUUUAAGCUCACGAGGGCCGAGUCUUAUACCGGACCUUACUCAAGAGGUUCGAAUUAGAUCCGGAGCGAUAGAUCUCCGUGAGAGAACUUCGUCUGUUCAAGAGAUGCAAGAGCGGCUGUGAUCUGUAUGUAUUUUUUCAAUA